AUGGCUGGAGUGGCUGUGGCGGCUGUCAAUGUGGAGAGGGAGGAGCAUUGGAAGCACUUUGACAACUCUGUAAAUGUCGUUUCUUUUGGGUUUGUUGCCACUGCUAUUCUCAUUUCUAUGUUCCUUGUUAUGGCCAUUUUGACUCAUGGGGAUCCUGAGGUUCCGAUGAUGUUCGAUGGCAAGCUUCGUUACCCUUCUCCCAAAAUGACGGUUUACGCUCGAGGAGUAUCGGUGUUGAUACCCAGAGAACAAAUCCCUACUUACAUUGCACACCCAGCUCCAGCACCAUGUCCUCCGGAGCGCAUUGUUCCACCUUCCAUUGCACUUGCAAUAGCCACACCCACCUUUUCAUUUCUUUUUAACUCUUAA